AGUUUGGAGUUCGGGCUCAAGACGUGUCGGCCGCCCCGUGCGUACUCCAGAUCUCGCAUGCACAAGGUCCUCCUCGCGAUGGGUCAGGUGUGCUCUGCCCCGGCCGUCCAGUCCACCCCGGACGUGGACCCCGACGAUGCCCCAUACCGCUCCCCCUACCAGGACAACAUCAUGCUGCUGAGCGAUUCGUACAAGACAUCCCACUGGCGGCAGUAUCCGCCAGGCACCACCGAAGUCUACUCGUAUUUUGAGUCCCGCGGUGGAAAAUUCCCUGAGGUCUGCUUCUUCGGUCUCCAGUACUUUUUGAAGCGUUAUCUCCAAGGUGUUGUUGUCACGAAGGAGAAAAUUGAUGCCGCCGAAGAAGUUGUCAACGCACACAUGGGCCUGGGUGAGAUGAAGCAUUUCAACCGGGAGGGUUGGGAGUACAUUUUGAACAACCACGGCGGCCGUUUGCCAAUCAAAAUCAAAGCGGCCCCCGAAGGCAUGGUCGUACCAGUCAAGAAUGUGUUGAUGACCGUAGUAAACACAGAUCCGAAGUGCUUCUGGCUGACGAAUUACUUGGAGACCUUGCUAGUUCAGGUUUGGUAUCCCAUGACUGUAGCAACGCAGUCUCGAGAGCAGAAGAAGAUCAUUCUUGAUUACCUGAUCAAAACUGGAACGGAUCUCAAGAAUAUGCCCAACGAGCUACCGGCACCGCUAAAGCUGAUCAACGUUGGUUACCAGCUCAACGACUUCGGCUGCCGAGGUGUCUCCUCCAUGGAGACGGCUGCGAUCGGUGGCGCGGGGCACUUAGUAAAUUUUGCAGGCAGUGACACAAUGCCAGGUCUCUGCAUGGCGAUCGACUACUACAAGCAUCCAUUAGCAGCAUGCAUCGGAACCUCUGUGCCAGCGGCGGAGCACUCGACGAUCACCAGUUGGGGGCGGGAUGGCGAGAAGGAUGCUUUCAAGAAUAUGUUGACGCAGUACCCGGAGGGCAUCGUCGCUGUGGUAUCGGAUUCAUACAACAUCUACGAUGCUUGCGAGAAGCUCUGGGGCAAAGAACUCAAGGACCUUGUGGCGAGCCGCAAGGCACCUCCAGGCAAGCUCGUUGUCCGCCCUGAUUCCGGUGAGCCGAAGAAAAUCGUGGUGGAAGUCCUCGACAAGCUUGCCAAGAAUUUCCCCCCUACAAAGAAUGCCGCAGGCUUCAAGGAGCUGCCGCCUUACAUUCGCGUCAUCCAGGGCGACGGCAUCUCGAUAGAGUCCUUGCAUGAGAUCCUGGAGAACAUGACAAAGCACAAAUGGGCGGCCACAAACGUCUGCUUUGGCUCCGGCGGGGCACUGCUCCAGAAGAUGGACCGCGACACGCAGAAGUGCGCGUUCAAGUGCUGCGAGAUCAUCGUCGAUGGCAAGCCACGCCCGGUGUACAAGGAUCCCGUAACCGAUCAGGGAAAGAAGUCCAAGCAGGGCAGGCUGAAGCUAGUCCGUCAGAAUGGAAAGAUCACUACGCUGACUGAUGGGCAGGGCGCGGAGGAGGAUGACCUGCUCGUGGAGGUGUUCUGCAAUGGUAAAGUGACGAAGACGUUCGACUUCGGCGCGGUCCGGACGGAAGCUGAGAAAGGCAUGGUUGUCCCAAUCUUCGAUGUGAAGAUGUAGAGCAGCCGCCCAACAUCGAAGGAAGCAAACAACAAAUCACAGUCUCGAGUACGAUGUUGCCUCCUCGUGCUUGCGGAGCUAGUGCAGUGGGGGCGUUGGGCCACAGGCGUCCUCGUCACUACUCUCCCAGCUCGGCUCGGGAGCCCCCCGAGCGUAAAUCAGGCCGCCCCCCGGUUGCACGAGGCAGCAGGCCCACAGAGCGUGAAUGGGUUUCCUCCUCCUCCUCUUGCUCCUUCUUUUCCCUCCCCUUACAAACGAUGGCUGCUCGUCCGCCUCCCCCUCUCCGCUGACUUUGGCUGUUUGACCCACCUGCCCACGGCCUGGAGGCAAUGGAGGGUCGGGCGCUCUUGCCUCGACUCUGCGGGGCGCGCGAAGCCGCGCCCGCAGGCGCAAGCGCGUCAUUUUGCGAGCUGGCCCGUCAGCAGCUGCCUCAAAGAACGGCUUCUCAUCCGUUGGGAAGCAGGCGGUUUUCACGCACGUGCAUAAGCAAACCUUGCGGAGUGGGACUCGGAGUCCUGGGGCACCCUGGGGGAGUUUGUCUGGCCUCUCCAAACCAUCCCUGGCGAGGAAGGCCUCUCAGCGACUCGGGCGUUGCGCAAGGGAGGGGCCAUACUCGUAAGUCAGCGGACGCAAGCGAGUCGAGGCUGGUGCAGGCGCGGGUCGGGCCGAAGGCAGCACACGCCAGGAUCGAAUUGGGCCUAGAUCCUUCCUUUACGUCAAGUGUCGCGUGGGCCGAUCGCCUUUGGUCAUGCGGCUCGCCUCGAGGUGCCUGUCUUGUGUUUUUGUGUUUCAAGGCUCAUCUGGAGAAUACUGCAGGCGGACGUGUGCGAAACGACGACCAUCAAUCGGCCCUCCAUCUCACUCUGCGGCGCAGCCAUGCUGUCGCAAUAUGCAGUGUUACAGGGUGGAGCUAUGAAUCAUCGGUGCGUUGCGGAGAAGAA